AUGGAUAAGGAUAAGUUGUUGGAUGAUCCUGAGGUGGAAACGCAUGAUAUCUACCUCAACAUUGAUGAUAAUUUGGAGUGGUUUGGUGAUGCCCUUAUUUUAACAGAGAAUGUAGUAAUGUCUAAUGAGGAGAUGGAGGUGAUCUACACUGAUGUUCUACAGUCUGAGUCAUCAUCUGAUGAAGGGAAAAUGAGUAAAAGAAGAAAUAAAAUUUGGGUUGCUGAAAGGGUAUAUAUAAAUGAUGCAAAUCAAGUGAGUGACCCUUUCAACAUACUUCAAACAUUCUCAAGUUCUCAGGAAGCAAAACACAGAAUUUACUUGCAUGGAAUAGAGACAAGAAGAGAAUUCGAUAUUAUCAAGAAUGAUAAAAAUGGGGUUAGGGUAGUAUGUAAAUGA